CCUCUCCGGCGAGCACCCCGUCCUGCGCGCUCCGCCCGCCGCCCCGGCCCGCACGGCCAGUCGCCUGCCGACCUGUGGCUCGAGAGGACGUGCCGCGUGCGCCGUGGACCUGAGAGCAGCGCAGAGUGCCGCGAGUGAUCCAGUGACCAGUGACCAGUGACCACCAUGACAAAGUGCCUGUGAGUGACCCCCAAGUGCUAAAGGAUUACCCGCGACCACGCCAGAGGCCAGCCGUUCAGCACAGAGAGGACCGCCAGUGAAUAACGUGAAGAAAAGAUGACAGUGACCAACUUUGGAAUGAUGAGGCCCUGUUUCACGGGAUACCCCUUCCAAGGCCAGGGGCGCGUGAACCAGCUCGGCGGCGUGUUCAUCAACGGCCGCCCGCUGCCCAACCACAUCCGCCUCAAGAUCGUGGAGAUGGCGGCGGCGGGCGUGCGGCCCUGCGUCAUCUCGCGCCAGCUGCGCGUGUCGCACGGCUGCGUGUCCAAGAUCCUCAACCGCUACCAGGAGACGGGCUCCAUCAGGCCGGGCGUCAUCGGCGGCUCCAAGCCGCGCAUCGCCACACCCGACGUGGAGCAGCGCAUCGAGGACUACCGCCGCGCCAACCCGGGCAUCUUCAGCUGGGAGAUCAGAGACAGUGGUCCCUAUGUGUAUCGUGUUGCAAUUGGGGGCAAUUUAACAAUGCAGUUGCACUGCGAACAUAUUAUAAGUCCUCAAUACCUGAUCGGCGGUGGCAAAGGAUCGGACGGUUCGGACUGCGAGUCUGAGCCAGGCAUCCCGCUGAAGCGCAAGCAGCGCCGCUCGCGCACCACCUUCACGGCGCAGCAGCUGGACGAGCUGGAGAAGGCCUUCGAGCGCACCCAGUACCCUGACAUCUACACGCGCGAGGAGCUGGCGCAGCGCACCAAGCUCACCGAGGCCCGCAUCCAGGUGUGGUUCAGCAACCGAAGGGCGCGCCUCCGCAAGCAGAUGUCCAGCUCGUCGGGGUCAUCGACGUCCUCCGGGUACGGGUCCGUGAGCGGCAUGCCCGUCGCACCCAUGGCCAUGCCACCCAUGUCCGUGUACCCAUCCGCGACGUCGGCCUCGUCCGGCUCAUACAUGGGCCAGGGCCUAGGCGAGACGGCCUUCACCGCCCCGCCUUCGGGAGCCCUCCCCGACCAGCACGGCGCCGGCCACGGCGGCAGCCAGGGUAGCAGUCAGGGGCCGUGCGCCUCUCCGCCAGAGUUCAUCUCCCUCAGCUCCAACCUGGGCUCCAGCCUAGCGGAAGCGCGGCAGGCGCAGGACCCGCUGGCCCAGGACGACGCACCCGGUGGCGCGCAGCAGAGCAGUGGCAGCGCGGCCUCGGCCUCAAACACCUCCACGACCUCCUCGGGCUCGAGCGGCUACGGCAGCCUGUCCUACUCCACUGCCACCAGCAUGAUGGGUAACCUCUCGCCGCCAUCCUCCGAGUCGGCGCCCUCAGAGAGCCACUUUGGCCACCACUCGAGCCACUCGGGUCACAUGGAGUCCGGACCCAGCUCGUCACCGCAGUCCCUGGUGCCCAACGGCUACCCCAGCCCCAACUACCCCAGCCCCAGCCACGCUUACCAGAGCCCGAGUCCCAGUCACGGCUACCCCAGCUACCCGAGCCCCGGGUACAGUCCUGGCCACCACCACGGCCACCACCACAGCCACUCCAUCGGACACAGUCUCGGACAGGGUCUGUCGCACCCUGCCUCGUCACUCAUGGGCUCUUCCGUUUCCGGCAACGACUCAUCUCUCUGCCCACCUUCGAGCGCCUCCUCGUCUGACCUCGCUGUACUCAGCAACACCGUCAGCCUGUCCGGAGGCCUGUCCAGUUCGAUAUCCAGCUCACUGUCCUCCGGCCUGGGAGUGUCGGGCCCCUGGCAGCAGAUCGGCUCCCAGCCGCAGCUGUCCUCAUUGGGCGCGCCGCUGAGCGCCAGGGCCUUGGGCAACACCUCGCCGUCGUCCUUGCUGGACCAGCACCCCGGCAGCGUGCCCCCCGCGCCCGCCUUCGGGCACUACGGCCAGCGCGCGCACCCUCAACCCUUCUACUCGUGGUACUGAGUCCAGUCAUAUGUAGUGUGUACCGAAGCGAGCUUCUAGUCUAGCAUACAAUCAUUUACCGGACCAGAGGGAGAAAAAUGUGUAGACAUCUGCUCAAAGUGUUUCCAGUUAGUAUGUUUCUGUGCCUGUAAAAUAGUAGUGUGUGCAGCUGAUGUGUAUGAAAAGUUCCUGUAGUGAAAUGAUGAAUUAUAAAUGACAAGGAGGGAAACAGCACAAGUCAAUUGCAAUUAAUUUUUAGAAAAUUUACAAGACGAGUUAUUUGGCUGAGUGAUAGCUAAGCCUUUAUUUUUUUGAAGUCCAGAUCAAUAUUUUUGCUAUGAAUGUUGUAUUUUCUAAUGAUGUUAGAUGUUAGUUGGUGAUUGAGAAAAAGAUAAAUUUACAUGUGGCAUUUUUAACUUUUUCUAUUAAUCACAAAAUCACCUUCCUGCCUGACGACUGCAAAAGUCAUUUUAAGUAACUCACCAGUUGAAAAAGACACGCUUGUAAAUAGUGUUUAGUAAAUGAGAUUCGUUUUUAAGAAAGUGAUAAUAUAAGUUAGGUCAAUGUAGUGUAUUAGCGUAGUGUUGUUUGCACAGUUCCACAAUUUAAAUUUAAAAUUGAGAUACCGAAGACUAAAUCCUCCAAGUAAAACUGUUAUUGUUGUGUUUAAAAAAAAAUAUAAUGUGGCCAAUUAUAGCUUUUUUGGCUGCACCCGUUUCACUAAAUGUCUUCCUCAUCUGUACUUAACUGUCAUAUGAUUAAAAUAGGAUAAAAGUACCAAGAUGUAUAUACUAUUUUCAUACAUUGCAUAACACUUUUGUGCUGAUCUUCCGAACGCGAGUGUUCUAAUCAUGGUGUGUUUUAUUGUUAGUUUGCGGGUGUGUCUGCAGACCGAGCUGCAGACCAGCAAAAGUUGUCAGCUAUCACAAUUAAAGACAAAAAUGAAAAAUA